ACUAUCAAGGCUCUGUUCUUCAACCUUGUUUGAUUAUCGUCAUACUUGGACGGAAAUCGAAGUCAAUCUGGAAACGAAGAAUGGAGUUUCUAUGGACGAUCUUCGAGUACCUCGUUAUCGUUGGUCUAGUUUUGGUUUUAGGUUUAGGCGCCGCGAUCGUGUUCGAAGCUUUCAGUAGAAGAUUCAAUCACGCUCACGCGGAUGGUCAUCCGAUCUUUGAGGAUCCAAAUUCACUGAAACAGGUUCCAUGUCCUUACAUUUUUGAUCCAGCUGAGAAGUAUAUAUCUUUGAUCAUUCCUGCAUUCAAUGAAGAGCAUAGGCUUCCAGGAGCGCUUGAUGAGACCCUAAAUUAUCUUCAACAACGUGCAGCAAAAGAGAAGUCUUUUUCAUAUGAGGUGGUGAUUGUUGAUGACGGGAGUGCUGAUGGGACAAAGAGGGUAGCUUUUGAUUUUGUCAGGAAAUACACAGUAGAAAAUGUAAGGGUUAUCCUUCUUGGAAGAAAUCAUGGCAAGGGAGAAGCUAUAAGAAAAGGAAUGCUUCAUUCGCGUGGUGAACUCCUUCUAAUGCUGGAUGCUGAUGGCGCAACCAAGGUUGAUGACCUGGAGAAACUUGAAAAAGAGAUACUUGAAGUUGCUAAGAGGGAACUUGGGGAUUCACCCGAUCAUGAUUCAAGUUUACGAAUUUCUGAUAUCCCAAUUGCGGCAUUUGGUUCUCGUGCACAUCUAGAGGAGAGGGCCUUGGCUGCAAGGAAGUGGUACCGCAACUUUUUAAUGAAGGGUUUCCAUCUUGUGGUCCUCUUGGCUGCUGGUCCUGGGAUUCGUGACACACAGUGUGGUUUUAAGAUGUUCACUAGAGCUGCUGCAAGGAAGUUGUUUACGAACAUCCGUUUGAAAAGGUGGUGCUUUGACGUUGAGUUGGUCUAUUUAUGCAAAUGGUUCCGCAUCCCUAUAAUUGAGAUAUCUGUGAAUUGGUCUGAAAUUCCCGGAUCCAAGGUGAAUCCAUUAAGCAUUCCGAACAUGCUGUGGGAGAUUGGACUCAUGUCUGUUGGAUAUAGGACAGGCAUGUGGAAAAUUUCUACCUGAAGCUUUUGCAUUUUGGAAAACAAAUGCUGUUUUUGGUGGCAUUUGGUUCAGAAGAAUGCGGGAAGAAGAAAAGAACGUACUUUUAAUUGCGACAUUUUGGUGGCAUUUGGUUUAGAAGAAUGCGGGAUUUACUUUUAACACACGGGCGACUUAUAGGUUGCAAGUAUUUCGAGUUGUUACUGUAAGCCAUGAUAAUCCGACAUCGCAUUUCUCUCUCUCUCUCUUGUCAAUUGAUUUUUGCUGGUAGAAGUCAAAAGCCAGCAACAGGAUGUUGAAUUUCCAUGUUGGAAUGUCAAAUUUUUUAUGUGAAUUUGGAUGAUGUAAUUUUCUGUUGCCAGCCGUGUUUUGUCUCUCUUUUUUGUCAAUCAAUAGAAGAGAUCAUUUUACAUCA